AUGAAUAAUGGAAAUACUGCAGGAAUUGUCAAAAAUUGGGAUCGAGACGUUUGGAUUGAAUAUCAUAAUAAUCAAUGGUUUGCCACGUUCGAUUUAGUAGGUAUAAAAGAUCGCGAGGUGAUUCUCUACGAUAGCACUCGAAAAUUAUACGUCAGGCUAACUCGCACUGCUCUUUAUGCGGGCUUUAAUAUAGGCGAAUGUUACCGCACUUCAAGUUAUUUGAAACAAUCCGGAUUAACUGCAGAAUGGAGGAACUCGGGCGGUACAGGAAAAGUCAUUAAACGUUUGGAUAGUGAUAUUUGGAUUGAAUAUCACAAUGGACAGUGGUUUGCUCAAUUCGAAUUUAUCGAUAUGGAUUAUACUGCAGUAAUUCUCUAUGAUUAG